CCUGAACUAUGGGGUGUUUGGUGCCUAGGCUGAGGACACAGGCAUGGCAGGGAGAUCACCGUGCCCUCAUAAUGCAACUUCUCCUAGUCAUCCAAAUAAACCCAGUUGUGGGGAAAACAAAAACUCGCCUUGUUCGUUUUCCAUUGAAAGCAUUUUGGGGAUAGAGCAGAAGAAAGAUGGCACUCCAACGGCAAAGCCUCACAGGCCCUGGGUGGACCAAUGCAAUGAUGUAGGAGAGGAUUGCAACCCCUGCCUGCAUAUUCCUUCCAUCGCCUAUGCAAUUCCUUUGUUUAAUGCAAGGAGCUACCCAGAGGCAGAAGAAAGAGUUCUCAAAUGUGAAAACUAUUUUGCAGUCAAUGAAAGGCUUUCAUACAAAAGGGAAUUAAGCUGGUACAGAGGCAGGAGGCCGAGGACCGCAUUCACCCGAAACCAGAUUGAAAUACUGGAAAAUGUCUUUAGAAUGAACUCGUACCCUGGUAUUGAUGUUAGAGAAGAACUAGCUCAAAAACUAGAUUUAGAUGAAGACAGAAUUCAGAUUUGGUUCCAGAAUCGCCGAGCAAAGCUGAAAAGAUCCCACAGAGAAUCUCAGUUCCUAAUGGUUAAGAAUACUUUCUCUCAAAACAUGAUAAAAUAAGAAAAAAAUCACUGAACUCUCUGGAAUGGAAUUCUGCUGGGUCUGUAAUGAUGGUGCAAUCAAAUAAUUAUCAGAUUAAAAUGUGCUUGGAUAUUUCAAAUAGUUUUGAAAGAAUGUAAUGACUUUCAUGUGCAAAAUAAAGUGUAAAUACUACUGUAA